AUGUCGUGGCCACCUCUCUAUUCUUUCUAUCUCAUUUUUUGCUUCUUCUCCCUUCUCUCAGGGAUCCAAACAGACGACCUUCAAAUUCUCAUGCAACUAAAAUCCUCCCUUCUUGAAACAUCAAACACCAGUGCCUUCAUUUCUUGGGAAGCUGACAAAUCCAUGUACAACUUUACUGGAAUCACCUGCAACUCAGAUGGUUUCGUUACAGAAAUCAAACUUUCAUACCAAAAUUUAACUGGGGUUCUUCCUCUUGAUUCCAUAUGCCACCUCCAAUCAUUGGAAAAGCUCUCAUUCCAAUCCAACUACUUGCACUGUCCAAUUAUGGAUCACUUGAACCAUUGUGUCAACCUGCAGUGCUUGGAUUUGAGCAAUAAUAAUUUCACAGGGUGUUCUGUUCCUGCAGACAUGUUCUCUCUAAGUCAAUUACAGUAUUUGUAUCUCAACGAAAGUGGAUUUUCGGGGACUUUCCCAUGGAAAUCUCUUCAAAACAUGACUGGUCUUGUUCACCAAAGCCUCGGAGAUAAUCUUUUUAAUCCUUUUUCAUUUCCAAAAGAGGUGUUGAAGCUUACCGACCUGACUUGGCUAAACCUAUCCAACUGCAGCAUCCAAGGAACAAUUCCAGCAGAGAUUGGAAACCUUAAAGAGCUAAUCAACUUGGAACUUUACCUCAAUAACUUGACAGGGGAAAUCCCAGUUGAGAUUGGGAACCUACUCAACCUCUCAUGGCUUGACCUCAGCGACAACUCAUUCACAGGAAAACUUCCAGCCGGUUUAAGAAACCUCACGAAGCUAGAGAUGUUUGAUGCUUCAAGAAACUAUCUUGAAGGUGAUCUAUUCGAGUUAAGGUUCUUGAACAACCUGGUUUCUCUGCAACUAUCUGAUAACAAGCUCUCUGGCCAUGUACCGGCCGAGUUAGGCAAGUUCAAGAAGCUUGAGAUCCUUUCUGUAAACAGGAAUAGCUUCACAGGUCCCCUGCCUCGGAAACUUGGCUCUUGGGCUGAAUUCUAUAUAAUUGAUGUGUCUAAGAACUUCUUUACUGGUCCAAUUCCGCCAGCAGGGCCGGCUCAACGAAUUUGGAGGCCCUAG